AUGGAAGGAGAAAAUGUGAGUUUCCCUAGAACUAUUGUGUUGUUGGGCUUCUCAGAUUAUCCAUGGCUAGAAAUGCCCCUCUUUGGAGUGGUCCUGGUCUCUUACAUCCUCACCCUGAUAGGGAACAGCUCCAUCAUCUUUCUUUCCACGGUGGAGCCCAGAGUCCAGACCCCCAUGUAUUUCUUCCUGGGCAAUCUCUCUGUACUGGAUGUUUGUGUCACCUGCGCCAUUGUGCCCCAGCUGCUGGUGAACCUCUGGGGACCAGAGAAGACAAUUCCUUCUUGGGGCUGCAUCACCCAGGCCUACAUCUUCCACUGGACAGGAUGCACUGAAUGUGCUCUGCUAGCAGUAAUGGCUUUUGAUCACUAUGUGGCUAUCUGUCAGCCCCUCUGGUACACUCUUAUCAUGAGGCUCUGGGUGUGUGUGCAACUGGCAACUGCUGCCUAGUCCAGUGGCCUGGCAAAUUCAAUACUCCAAACUACGCUUACUCUCCAGCUCCACCACUGCAGUCACCACACACUUGACCACUUCUUCUGUGAAGUACCUGUUCUGAUCAAUCUGGCCUAUGGUGAUACCACUGCUAAUGAGCUGUCUCUGGCCAUUGGAGCCAUCCGUUUUGCACUGAUGUCUCCUCUGCUUGUGCUAAUCUCCUACACAUUAAUUGUCAAGGCUGUGUUGAAGUUACCUUCAGCUGACAAAAGGUACAAGGCACUCAUCACAUGCAGCUCCCACUUGGUGGUUGUCAUCAUGUACUUUGGACCAGCCAUCUGCAUGUACAUCCAACCCCCUGAAAAUAGCACCCAGGCCAAGUUCAUGUCCUUCUUCUACUGUGUUAUCACCCCACUGCUCAACCCACUCAUCUACACUUGGAGAAACAAGGAUGUGAAGAGAGUGCGGAAAAGGAUUCUACAACCUCAGAGUGAGGUAAAAUCCUAA